CCAAGCAGGGAGGCUCAGGGAGGCGUGAAGCUGCUGCUGCGGCUGCUGUGAGUCAGAGGAGGGGCCGGGCUGACCGACCGAGGGCUCACUUUCUGUGCUAUAAAACACUCCUCGCUUGGCUCUUGCCGCACUCCAAAAGGCGCAUGAGGAGGAGGCACACGUGUGCAAGGAAAGAAGGGGAAGCAGCAGCGUGCGGGACACGGUUCUUAACCCCUUCCUGGACUGGACAGCUGGACGCGUUGGGCCAGACGGAGCGGACAAGGGUUCCUUGCUCUGGAAUAAAGCUGAAAGAAUUUCGGCAACAUUUUUAGGGAGGAUGAGAGUGUGGCACUGAGGAGGAGUGACCGCCGCCCGUAGCCCACCACCAUGUCCUUCGCCAUGCUGCGUCGCCCCCCCAGCCGCUUCCUGUACCCCGAAAUCAGCAUGCUCUCGGAGGACGAGGAGAACGGCAGCGAGAGCUCCGGCUCGGACGAGAAGCCCUACUGCCUGGACGGCGGCGGGUUCGGCCUCAAAGGCGGGCAGCGCCGGCCCGGCGGCGUCAAGAAGACGGUCCGCCUCCCGCGGCAGGAGCCCCGCCAGCGGCACACGGCCAACGCGCGGGAGCGGGACCGCACCAACAGCGUCAACACGGCCUUCACGGCGCUGCGGACCCUCAUCCCCACGGAGCCGGCCGACCGGAAGCUCUCCAAGAUCGAGACCCUGCGCCUGGCCUCCAGCUACAUCUCCCACCUGGGCAACGUGCUCCUGGUCGGAGAGGCCUGCGGGGACGGGCAGCCCUGCCACACCACGCCGGCCUCCGCCGCCUUCUUCCACCACGGCGGCAACGGAGGGGGCAACAACGGCGGAAGCCCCCCGGCCAGGGAGAGCGAGAACUCCCAGCCCAAACAGAUCUGCACUUUCUGCCUCAGCAACCAGAGGAAGAUGAGCAAAGACCGAGACAGGAAGACGGCGAUACGGAGCUAGGAGGGCACGGACUCAGGAGGGCAGCAGCCGACGCAGAGGCGGAGGAGGAGGAGGAGGAGAGGAAGAAGACGAGAAGAACGAAGAGAACAGCACUGCCCAGCCUGUGCCUCGCCGGACGGCUGCUGCCCGGCGCUGUGCGGUUCUUCCUCGGAUGAACUCAGGGCCUGAACAGAGAGGAAAAGACUGAGCACCUUUGGGGCAGGGGGUUGGCUUUGGAAAGACUUUGGGGAGUGGAUUCGGUGGGCUUGGACCCCGGAAGCCGAAGGACCGUGCUCUGCUGGAGGGAGACCCGGGUGAGGUGGGCAUCACCAUGGAAGCCGAUGCGGACCCUCUUUUGCCCAAAGAGAGGGACGGCUGCAGGAUGCUCCAUAGGACUCGCCUUGGGAGGAAAACCCACAGCCCUUGGGGGACGUGGAAGGAAGCGGACCCCUGGACCUGUGUGGGGUCACUGUCAAUACACGUUGAAGUUUCAUGUCAUUGAAAAUAACAAUAAUAAUAUAAACCUCCGUUGUUUGUAUCGUG